UGCCGGUUAAUGCCGCAGUGCGAACCCGACUUCCAGCAUGGACGACCGCUGUGUGCUCAACGUGUCUGCCGCCUCGCUGCCUCUGCUGCUGUUUCUGCUGGUCGCCACGGGCCCUGCCAGUUCCCAGAGGUCAUUAUGCAGAGUACGGGACUGCCCCAACUACAGAACCAUACGAUACUACGAGGAGGUGGGCUGCGUUCCCAGUGCUACCGCCGGCAACUGCUGUCCAACGCACUUCGACUGCAGUUUCCUUCUGUCGCUGGACAGGACAAAAUGCCACUACGAGGGGAAGACGUACGAACCUGGCGCAGAUAUCUCGGGCGUAAUCAAGUCUGUGUGCACCCCAGUGUGUAGCUGCUUCGGUCUCACCGAAGGACCCUCGAGGGGAGAGGCGAGGUUCUCCUGCGCAUCUGGCGGUUGUGCUGGAUAUCGGAUACCAGAAGGAAAGGAGUCUUUCUGUUAUCCCACCUACAAAGUUGAUCAGUGCUGUGGAACUGGUAUUAAGUGUGCGAAUGACACCAAGAGCCCACUAAACGUGGCCGAAUGUCCUUAUAAAGGGAAGACGUACCUGGAGGGCCAGUUCAUUGAAGGAACACAGUCUGAGUGCAUGAGGUGUGUGUGCCAGAAGGGAUAUGACGGGAGUCUAAAAGAGCCCUGGUGUCGCCGACAAAGCUGCGACUACAGUCUGUGGUGGACGGUUUCUCAACUACAAAAAUGUGCGCCAAUUUUCGACGAAGACGACGCAUGCUGUGCUCAUGACUACCACUGUCCUUCCACUGAUCCUAUUGCAGUUCAGCAUUCUGAGUCUUCAACACCGAAUGAAGGUGGGCAGUGCGCCUUUGGAGACCACAAGCUGAAGAUUGGCGACUACUUUAUAUCAUCUGGGAGAGACUGUAUCAAAUGCAAAUGCGAUACACCACCAUUUAUAACCUGUGUGAAGGUUCCUGUCAACUAUUGUCCUGUAGCCAAGAAAUAAGACAAAUACAUGAGGCAAAUCUGUUGGAUAUUUAUUACAAGCGACAAGGCCUAUACAUCAUUGGAAAAAAGUGUGACAACAGCUUGUAAUUAAUAUCACAUGGAAAGUAAAGUUUCAAAAAUCUGCACCUAAA